CGUGGCGCGCGCGCGCGUGCGAGGGGCUGGAGGUGCGCGUGCGGGCGGGGGAGACGGAGUGCGUCACCGAACGCGUGCGCGAGGACGAGAGCUCGAUCACGGGCUCUUGGUUCGUCGUGCGAUCGUCCGAGAGCGAGGGGGGGGGGUGGCGCGGGCGAUGGCCGACGUACGGGGACGAAUACGACGAUUACGCGUAUUGGGACGGGCGAGAGGACGCGUUCGACGCGCGAGCGACGAUGGAGUUCGGUGAGGAGCGCGAGGAGGUGUAUAACGCGCUGGGGAAGUCGGAACACAGAUUUGAAUACGGAUUGCGGAAGGCUGGGACGAUUCGGACGUGUUUUAAGAACUCGGGGACGCGGGACGCGGGCGUGCGUUACAGCGCGUCCAUCGGACAUCGCUGGGAUCACGAGAAAGCGACGGUGAAACACAUCGAUCCGACGUACGAGCGGUUGAAUAACGUCGAGGCAGAGGUGAGCAAAUUGAUGCAAGAGGUGAGGUAUCACAAGACACGCGCGACGCGGGCGAUGCACACGGUGAAGUCGGUGAACGCGAGAGUGCUACGAUGGUCCUUGAUCGAGGCUGUAGUCAUGGUGUGCGCGAGUAUCUAUCAAUUUUAUCACGUGCAGACGCUGUUCAUGAAUCGCGAUCGCCGCGGAACGAUGCGGGUGUGA